UGUGGCAGCAGCUGCAGCGGCGGCGGCGGCAGAGGCGGCAGGAGCUGCUGCAGCAAAGGAGGAGGCUGCUCCUGGACGCGUCGGGGCCGCACAGCCGGAGCCCCAGUCCGGAGACGCCGGGCGGUGCGCUGGGUGCUGCGGCUGCUGCCCACCCGCCGCCGCCCGGGCCCCCGCUGCCACCUGGGCCCCAGCAGCCCCUCGCGCCCCCGUCGACACCGCCCGCGUGUGCGCCCCAGCCCGGACGCCGCCCCCGGCCGGGUCUCCACUUCUCGGCUGCGCCUCCCAUGACAGCACCCGCUCGAAGAUGGCUGCGAAGGGCCCGCACAGCUCCCACCUGAAGAUGGAGAGCGAGUUGGAGCGCUGCCGCGCCGAAGGCCAUUGGGACCGCAUGCCUGAGCUGGUCCGGCAGAUGCAGACGCUAGUCGUGCCCGGCGGCGGAGGCGGCCGGCGAGCCAGCCCGAACGCCGCGUUCACCUCUCUGGACACCGAUGACUUUGGGAAAUUGCUUCUGGCCGAGGCCCUCCUGGAGCAGUGUUUGAAGGAGAACCACGCCAACAUAAAAGACUCCAUCCCUUUGCUGGAGAAGAAUGAACCGAAGAUGAAUGAAGCCAGAAACUACCUAAGCAGUAUCCUUAACCACGGGAAGCUGCCGCCACAGUACAUGUGUGAGGCCAUGCUGAUCCUGGGCAAGCUGCAUUACGUGGAAGGCUCGUACCGAGAUGCCAUCAGCAUGUAUGCGAGGGCUGGGAUUGAUGACAUGUCCAUGGAGAACAAACCUCUGUAUCAGAUGCGGCUGCUGGCGGAGGCCUUUGUCAUCAAAGGCCUCUCCCUGGAACGCCUACCCAACUCGAUCGCCUCCCGCCACCGCCUGACUGAGAGGGAGGAGGAAGUGAUCACCUGUUUCGAGAGGGCCUCCUGGAUCGCUCAGGUGUUCCUGCAGGAAUUGGAGAAGGUCACAAGUAACACCACAUCCCGGCAUCUGAAAGGCUCUCCCCUGGUGGACUAUGAGCUCACCUACUUCCUGGAGGCUGCCCUCCAGAGCGCUUACGUGAAAAACCUGAAGAAGGGGAACAUCGUGAAAGGCAUGAGAGAGCUCCGGGAGGUCCUGCGCACUGUGGAGACCAAAGCAACUCAGAACUUCAAAGUGAUGGCGGCCAAGCAUCUGGCAGGGGUCCUGCUGCACUCCCUGAGUGAGGAGUGCUACUGGAGCCCCCUGUCGCACCCGCUGCCCGAGUUCAUGAGCAAAGAGGAGAAUUCCUUCAUCACACAGGCCCUGCGGAAACCUCACCUCUACGAAGGAGACAACCUCUACUGCCCCAAGGAUAACAUUGAGGAGGCCCUCCUGCUGCUGCUCAUCAGCGAGUCCAUGGCUACACGGGAUGUGGUGCUAAGCCGGGCGCCAGAGCAGGAGGAGGACCGGGCGGUGAGCCUGAGGAACGCCGCGGCCAUCUACGACCUCCUGAGCAUCACGCUGGGCAGGAGGGGGCAGUACGUCAUGCUCUCCGAGUGCCUGGAGCGAGCCAUGAAGUUCGCCUUUGGAGAGUUUCACCUUUGGUACCAAGUGGCCCUCUCCAUGGUGGCCUGUGGGAAGUCAUCCUACGCUGUGUCGCUGCUGCGGGAGUGCGUGAAGCUGCGGCCCUCGGACCCCACUGUGCCCCUGAUGGCCGCCAAGGUCUGCCUAGGGUCCCUGCACUGGCUGGAGGAGGCAGAGCGCUUUGCCCUGAUGGUGAUCCACCUCGGGGAAGAAGCUGGGGAGUUCCUCUGCAAGGGCUACCUGGCGCUGGGUCUCACCUACAGCCUGCAGGCCACCGACGCAACUCUGAAGUCCAAGCAAGACGAAUUGCACCGGAAGGCCCUGCAGAUGCUAGAGAGAGCCCAGCAGCUGGCGCCCGGCGACCCCCAGGUCAUCCUCUAUGUCUCCCUGCAGCUGGCCCUCGUCCGCCAGAUCUCCAGCGCCAUGGAGCAGCUGCAGGAGGCCCUGAAAGUGUGCAAGGAUGAUGCCAACGCGCUCCACCUGCUGGCGCUCCUCUUCUCCGCCCAGAAACACUACCAGCAUGCCCUGGACGUCAUCAACAUGGCCAUCGCAGAGUAUCCCGAGAACUUCAACCUGAUGUUCACCAAGGUGAAGCUGGAGCAGGUACUGAAAGGCCCAGAGGAAGCGCUUGUGACCUGCAGACAGAUGCUGCGGCUGUGGCAGACCCUGUACAGCUUCUCCCAGUUGGGAGGCCUGGAAAAGGACGGCAGCCUUGGCGAGGGCCUCACACUGAAGAAGCAAAGUGGCAUGCACUUGACUCUGCCCGAUGCCCACGACGCAGACUCCGGCUCCCGGCGGGCGUCAUCCAUCGCAGCCUCCCGGCUGGAGGAGGCCAUGUCGGAGCUGACCAUGCCCAGCUCAGUCCUGAAGCAGGGCCCCAUGCAGCUGUGGACCACGCUGGAACAGAUCUGGCUCCAGGCUGCCGAGCUGUUCAUGGAGCAGCAACACCUCAAGGAAGCAGGCUUCUGCAUCCAGGAGGCGGCGGGCCUCUUCCCCACCUCGCACUCGGUACUCUACAUGCGGGGCCGGCUGGCUGAGAUGAAGGGCAGCUUGGAGGAGGCCGAGCAGCUGUACAAGGAGGCGCUCACAGUGAACCCCGACGGCGUGCGCAUCAUGCACAGCCUGGGGCUGAUGCUGAGUCGGCUGGGCCGUAAGAGCCUGGCCCAGAAGGUGCUGCGGGACGCCGUGGAGAGGCAGAGCACCUGCCACGAGGCCUGGCAGGGCCUGGGCGAGGUGCUGCAGGCCCAGGGCCAGAGCGAGGCCGCCACCGACUGCUUCCUCACCGCCCUCGAGCUGGAGGCCAGCAGCCCAGUGCUGCCCUUCUCCAUCAUCCCCCGAGAACUCUGAUGCCAUGUGGCAGCAGCUGGAAGGGAGGGCGGUUGACAGGCAGGCCUCAAGAGCCCGGGUCAGGGGAGGUGCAGGGCCUCAGGGAAAUACAGCUCUAGGGGACACUUCUGCUGGCUGCAGCCCUCCUUCUCCUCGCCUCCGCCACCUCGCCCCUACUUCCCCUCAGGCCCAGCUGGGACUGGGAGCUGCUCAUCUGGAGCUGGGUGGACCAGAUUUGCAUCAGAAACAAAUCCCUUGUUCCUUGGAACUCGGACAUCGUGGCCUUUAUGAGCAUGCAACUAGCUGGGAGGCCACAUCAACGUGGGGACCUCUCUGCAGCGCAUCCACAUCAGCCAAGUGUGUGGUAAGGGUCUCCGAGGCUUGGGUACCUCCCCGCGCCCGUCUGGAAGCCCCGUACCUGUCCCUCUCCCGCAGCAUCCCUGACCCUGGAUUUUCCAACUUUGCACAAGCUAUAGUCUCAAACCUCAGCUCUCUGCCAACCAAAGAGGAGCCCGAUGAGCUGCCCUGGGGCUGGGCCAUGAGGGUUCCCCUGUGUUCCUUCCUUGACCCCUCGGGAGACAGUCUGCCUGAACCCUAAGCGACUUAGAGUCGUGGUGACUGGACUUAUCUCCCGAGAACCCUGGUGGGGGAGCCUCACAGCUGUACUUCACUGCCCCCACCAGGCCUCUGGGCCCUGGGGAGCCCCAUGGCCCUGGUCUCACAGCCUACCCCUCAGGUCCUGUCCAGGGCACUCCUGGCUUGAAGGAGUGGAAGGUGGAAGAGGAUGGACCUCGGGGUCCUCUCGCAGGUCUGAGUGAGUGGGCGCUGCUUGGUCUGGCGCUGCUUGGUCUUGCCCCGCUUUGCCCAGUGAGGCCAGCUGGGCCCCACUGUGCUCUUCCCCUGUCGCCAAGUGCCUUUGGGGCCUCUGGUGUCUGGCCAGGGCCACUGAGUUCCAGCCGUAACUAGCCUUCCAUUUCUGCCUGCCCCCACCACUCUGGAAACAUGCCCGGCCACCUCCUGCCCUGGGCCGUGGCCCCUGGGAUACAUGCCUGGCUGCUGGUCCCAGCCCUUGCUAAAUACCUUGCAUCAGCACCUCGUUCCUCCUAGCCUUACCUUUCCGGGCAACAGGUACAGUGUAAACCCCUCCGGGGGUUAUAAUAGAGAGACUGGCCAUCUGAAGGACUGUCCUUAACACAUCUCACCCCCCACAGCCCACUUUCCCCUCCGGCUUUCUUGGGUGACCCAGGCCAGACCCUGGCCAUUUGGGUCCCUCCUGCCUGCGGCCAAAUGGGGACUGUGAUUAGAGACCUAAAGAGGAGCCGGAGCCCAGCACCUCGUCUCUGAGCAGGCCUCUGUGUCUGUGACACCCUCUCCACCGGGGUCCCAGGGUGCUGGUGGGUGGGUCAUUUUCCUGCUGGCCCCCUCAGCCCUGCAGCAUGAUGCUCUUGGAAUUCGCCCCAGGAAGGCAGUCCCCGCGGGCCUAUCAGGGAAUUCCUUUUUUAUCUGCACUUUGGGUUUUCGUUUUCAAGCGCCAUCUGGUACAUUUCUCACUUGAAGGUGUGUGGAAAGCUCGGGCCAGGGCUGCCUCUUCUGUUCCUCGGACGGGAGGGGGGCUGUUAGAGACCCACCCACCUCCCGGCCCUGGCUCCACACUGCACACCCCGGGUGCUCCCAGGGGGAGCCCGUGCCUCCUGGCCUUCCCACACCGGGCUGAGGGACACUGCAAGGACACCAGGUCCUUCACCUCCUGGUGGGAGGAUCGCUGUAUGUCUGUGUGUAUGUGUAUAAAUAUAUAUAUAUGAUAGAGAUCUAUUUUUAUUCUGGAAUUCUGUUUGGAAAAAAGUAAACAAGAAAAAGCAAACGCUGUUGGUUUACAUGGGGAUGCCCAACGCUGCUGGUAGUGAAUGCUUGGUAAUAAUAGGAAAGGCAACAAAUGCAUUUUGACUUGAAGCGUUCCUUAUAGGGAGUCUCCCAGGGCUGGGCAAGUUGCUGACAGUUUGAAACAAAUGUCUGAAAUAAAAGAGACCCGUGAAGGGAACGCAG